AUGACUACUACGUUCUCGUCUUUGCCAGUCGUCGACGUCGGACCUCUUGGAUCGCCCUCGGGUACAUCACCGGAAGAGGAAAUGAUCCUAAGCAAGCGUCUAUAUGAUGUGUUCGCUACCACAGGCUUUGCGUACCUCACGAAUGUACCUCUCAGCUUCAAGCAUGAAGAUGUAUUCAAUCUAUCUCGGAAAUUUUUUGCGCUGCCAGAGGAUGAGAAGAUGAAGCUGGCUAAGCGUUCGUUCCGUCGGGAACAUAAGAACACAUAUCGCGGAUAUUUUCCAACGCAGCCGGAGCUCGCAUCCGACAACCUCAAAGAAGGGUUCGAGAUAGGUCCAGCAAAGCCAAUUCGAGCUCAAUCGACCAUCUCACCCUGUUCGAAAUUCAACCUCGCCGAGCCGAAUGUUUGGCCAGAUAAAAAUAUCUUGCCGGAACGGCCUAAUCUCGAGAAGCUGUAUAUUGAGCUACAAACAUUGGCUUCAAAGCUGCUUUCCCUCUUGGCCGUGUCGCUGGGUAAGCCAUCGGAUUUCUUCACACCAUAUCUAGAUGACUCUUUGAGCACGCUCCGUCUCCUGCAUUAUCCAGCUAUGGCAUCAGCAGCCUCCGGGUCAGGGUCUGCAUCCACAGAAGAGGUGAAGCUUAGCUGCACUCCACACACGGACAGUGGUAUUUUAACCCUAUUGCAUCAAGAUUCCACUGGCGGCCUGGAAGUGCGAAAUUCCUCUGGGGAGUGGGUCUCCACUCCUUAUGUCCCAGAAUCACUCGUCGUCAACAUUGGAGAUUUGAUGGCGAAGGUUUCUGGUGGGCGAUUUGUUGCGACUAUGCAUCGUGUUCGCGCGCCGGCAAAAAGCUCUUCCGCUGCUUCUGUCACUGGCCAACAGAGCGAUGGUGCACAGAUUGGGCGUAUCAGCGUUCCAUUCUUCUUCGAACCCGGAGAACAUUGCUUGGUUCGAUCUGUCGAUGAAGACGAGGGCUUUGUCGUGUAUGGCGAACACGUGCGAGCCAAGAUGAAGACCUGGGUUGAAUUCCAGGAUGAUGAGGAUGAGAACUAA